CCCUCACAACCCUCUUCUCCACAGCUACGUCUCAGGGAUACUUUCUCUUGCCCCUUUCCCAGUUUGGUCCUGCCCUACUUCUCUCUCCUGCAGUAGGUUCUCCCAGGACCCCAUCAUCCCCCAUCUCCACCUUCUCUCCACACAUUCGCCCCAUCCCUCUCCGGACCCGCCACGCCUUCUAGAACUGCUUCCUCGUACGCCGCGUCUGCUCGCAGCCCGCGGGAGCCCUUGCAUGCCCCUCAUCUUCCUGGAUCCACACGCGCACGCAGUGCACUUCGCUGCUGUGCUCCCCUUCUCUCACCCCUCCCCACCCUCCAGUCCCUCCAGCCAGCUGUACAGCUCCCAAAUUCCGGGCUAGAUUCCCAGGAACAAAGCAAGAAAAAUCAGAGCAAUUUGGGAAGUAAACAGAAACUGGGAAGGGAGGGGAGAGACAAGAGUGGGAAGGACCCAGGUGGUGGUGGGGGCUCUCCAGUCCCACCCAGUUCAGGGAAUGCCCCUGCCUUCUCCUCCACCCCCCCCCUUCACCUGGCUCUUAAAGGGCCGGGCCCCAGACCGGCGGCUACUUAAGGCAGAGGGGCGUCGGCGGACAGCAGCUGCGCCGCAACUGCUCUGGAGGAGCGGACGGACGGGGCAAAAAUCGUGACCAUGACCCCCCACAGGCUGCUGCCGCCACUGCUGCUGCUAACUCUGCUGCUCGCUGCCCGCCCAGGAGGCGCUUUGGUGCGGUGCCCAGGCUGCGGGCAGGGGGUGCAGGCGGGCUGUCCAGGGGACUGCGUGGAGGAGGAGGAUGGGGGGACGCCAGCGGAAGGCUGUGCAGAAGCAGAGGGCUGUGUCAGGAGAGAGGGCCAGCAGUGCGGGGUCUACACCCCUAACUGCGCCCCAGGACUGCAGUGUCUGCCGCCCAAGGACGACAAGGCGCCGUUGCGGGCACUGCUGCUGGGCCGCGGCAGCUGUGGCCGGGCCCGCGCGCCCGCGGAGGAGAAGCCUAAAGAGAGUAAACCCCAAGCAGGGACUGCUCACCCACAGGACACAACCCGCAGAGACCAACAGAGGAAUCCGGGGACUUCUACCACUCCAGCACGGCCCAAUUCUGAGAGUGUCCAAGACACCGAGAUGGGCCCAUGCCGAAGACACCUGGAGUCAGUGCUGCAGCAACUCCAGACCGAGGUCUACCGAGGGGCUCACACUCUCUACGUGCCUAAUUGUGACCAUCAAGGCUUCUACCGGAAGCGGCAGUGCCGCUCCUCUCAGGGGCAGCGCCGAGGUCCCUGCUGGUGUGUGGAUCGGAUGGGCCAGCCCCUGGCAGGGUCUCCAGAAGGCGAAGGAAACUCCCCUUGCCCCACUGGGAGUAGCACCUGAAGCUGGUGGGUGAAAGGGGCUGCAGGGCCACUAGCAGGAGCAUGGGGCUGUCAUCCUGGGUUAUUUGUUGAGUGAUGACUAAUGCAGGGGCUCUGAGCCCCAUGAUCCAGCCUCUGGCCCUGACCCCCUGCCCCCUCACCUAUGGCCCUUACACAUCCGGUUGGAGAGAUUGUUGGUGUUGGCUUGGGAUUUUAAUAAAACUGUACUGGGGGUCUCUG